AAUGCCUCCGCCCACGGCGCGCACCUGACGGAGUGAUCCUACUUCAUCUGAGCCUCCGAUUUCACUCGAAAUGGGAAAGGCUCAAGGGCAUCCGCGGACCGUCGGCGGACCGUCGACGUACCGCUUUCGCACCUGUGCUGGUCUCGUUCUGACCGCCAUCAUCUCGGCCUCCCUGGCUCUGCUCGCGCAGCACCACCGUAGUGCAACAGUGCCACCCCGAUGUUCAGCUCCUCUCCCCAACCUCUUUGAUCGGACUCCGCUUAACGCUGGCUUUCCGGGAGUGUCGCUCGCGCUGAAGAACGUAGAUCGGCUGGUGGAGGCACAAUAUGCUCGGGGUGGGAUCGACGGACUGAUCGUGGCGAUAGUCACUCGGGACGGAGCGAUAUAUGAGCGCGCGAUUGGCCCUCUCAAAGCGAAUGAGACGGAUGUGGGAAAACGGGGACACGUUGACAGACACAGCAUCUUCCGUUUGGCGUCUGGCUCCAAGCUUUUCGCAGCGUUAGAGACAUGGGUGUUACGAGAAAGGGGUGCUCUCAACCUGGACGACCCGGUACACAAGUUCUUUCCGGACUUUACCUAUCUGGCAGAUGGGUGGGGCGGGACCAAGGACGGUCGGAUGGCUUCAGGCCCGAUAACUGUCCGGCAGCUUGCAAGCCACAUGUCGGGUCUCACGCGCGAGUUUCCCCGUGGCGACAUGCUCCAUUGGCCACACUCUCUGGAAGGCACGGGUCCACCACCCGACAACGGCCGCGGGUUCCCAACCACGGAGGAGACGAUCGAGGGGCUCAAGAUACUGCCGCUCAAUGUCCCGACCUACCACUAUCCCGUGUACUCGAACGUCGCAAUGGGGCUGCUGGGACAGGUCAACGUCGCAGCUAAUAAGGCCUUCGAAGCCGACCGCCACGACACUCCGAAGUCUUGGCCGGAACUUGCCCAACGAGAUCUGUUCGACCCGCUCGGCCUCAACGGCAGCUCGUUCCUCGUGACACCUGAGAACAGAGCCCACGUAGCUGUCGCUUCCCGGCUCAGCGAAGAAGUGGACUACGACUUUUUGGAUAUCAUGGCCUGUUCUGGCGGACAGAUGAGCUCGCUGUCGGACUACGUCAAGCUCAUGCAAACCUUUCUCGACCCAACUCGCCCCGAGAGCCUCCUCCCUCCGUGGGUCAUACGAGAGUGGAUGCGACCCCUGCACGGCUGGUGGGCGGACGAAUCAACGGAGAUCGGAAUGCUGUGGGAGAUCGAGAAGAUCCGGGAUUCGCACAACCGCCCACGGCGCAUUUUCCAGAAACUUGGUACUCUCGGUGCCUCUCGGAGUGCGUUUGCGAUCAACCAGGACAUGGCCCACGGGGUCGCAGUCCUCAUGACUGGAACGACACCCAUCAAUGAUCUUGUCCUAGACAUCUUUCGCGAGAUGCAGCCGGUCCUGGAUCGAUUACUUGCGGCGGAUGCCGCUGAGCUGUAUUCUGGCGCAUGGACUCCGAUCGACGGUAACGACAAGUCGAAACUGACGAUCAAAGUCAUGGAUGGAUCGCUCUGGAUGACCGAGCUGCGGCUCAAUGGCACUAACGUUCUCGGUGUGAUUUUGCCAACUCCAGAGCCAAUCGCCCUCUGGUCCACAGGUCGUUUACACGAAUUCCGCAUGGUGUUUGCCUCGCCGUCCAAGAACUGCAUGUCUUCUUGGACAGCAAUUGACGAUGGGUACUCGCAGGGUCAUCCCAACGACCUUGUCUAUCUCACGGACGACGGUCUGCUUCACGUGCCGUCGGUCGGCACAGUCUUUGAGCGCCAGUAGGCAUAGCAAAAUUCAUAUACCACGUCGAAAACACUGCCAUCUCGUUCAUGCGCACUCUCGUCGUGGCCAACUUGCGUCAACGAUAACCAAAGCGGGCGCAUGGUUGUCCUUACACAUGAUUGUCAACUCGAAAGGGAGACGUACGUAUCGCAAGCCCAGACACGAAUCCGAUUGUCCCAUAAUAGCGACCUAUGAAAUGCAGCUAGAGCGUUUGGCGUGAAAGAUGUGCGACAGGAGCCGGACUGCGCCCACUUCCCCACCCAGGUCAAUGAUUGUUGGAACGAACUAGUGUUUGCUGUUGCGAGGGUGACUCCACCGCGCGUUUCGUACCUGUGUGAGUAGGUUCCGGAAGCCUCGUCCACUCGCGGAUGUCUACAGGAUGCUACCGACUCGGAUCAGCACCGCCUCUUACUCUUUAAGACUCUUUGACAAGGAAGGUCGGUC